AUGGAUAAUUUGGGUUGGGACAACUCAUCAUGCUCAUGGAUCAAUCACCAACAAAAUGAAAAUGAAGAUCAGAGCUCUAUGAUGGAUCUCCCACAAGAUAUUGUAUUGGGUUCAAUUCAAGAACUCCAAAGAACUACUACUACAUGUGAUAUAGGAACUGUCAUGAAUUCCAUCAAUGCUGCUGCAGCAACUCCAACUUCUACUUGGGGAGAAGCUUUAAUGGCUCAAAUCACAGAUUUUAGUGUUGGUAAUGGUGGAUUACUCUCUGGAGGGGUGACAGUCUCAUCACUUGAGCCUUUGGACUGUUUGUUAUCAGCAACCAAUAGCAUUAAUACUGAUACAUCAGUUGAAGAUGAUGGAAUUUCAAUGAUCUUGUCUGCAGAUUACAGAAAUGGAUGGAAUUUUGGUUCUAACAGUGCUGUCUCUUCCGGAGAAUCCGAAAACAUCGGUAGUAAGGCAUGCGAGAUCAUGGAAGAAGCUGUCUCAGUAGUCUCACCACAAGGUCCUUCCAAGGCUUUGGACUCCAUUACCAUUACUACUACAAAUAAGAGAAGUAAGGUGGAUGUGAAUUAUCAUUAUUUUGAUCUUCUUCAAUCAGAUUCAUCAACUACUGAAGGUGGAUUUCAGCUAAUCUCUGAGAACUUUCCGAGAUCGACGAAACCCAGAUUGGUGGAGAAUCAACAUCAUCAAGGAUCAUCAAAUAUCAACUUUCAACAUCCAAGCAAUUCUUCUUUAUCAUGUUCAGUUGAUGAGCCUGACACUGAGGCCAUUGCACACAUGAAGGAAAUGAUAUAUAGAGCUGCAGUAUUCAGGCCUGUGAAUCUAGGAAUGGAAGUAGUGGAAAAGCCUAAGAGGAAGAAUGUCAGGAUUUCUAAUGAUCCACAGACAGUAGCUGCAAGGCAUAGGAGAGAGAGAAUAAGUGAGAGAAUUAGAGUUUUACAGAGGCUAGUUCCUGGUGGAAGCAAGAUGGAUACUGCUACAAUGCUUGAUGAAGCUGCAAAUUAUCUCAAGUUCUUGAGAUCACAAGUUAAAGCAUUGGAGAAUAUGGGAAACAAGCUUGAUUCUGUGAAUUCCAACUCUUCCACCCUUCCCUUCCCUUCAACUUCAUUCAAUUUCAGACACCCUUUUUGCAUGCAGACCUUUUUCCCUCUCCCAAAACCCUAAAUCCCUGGAGAAGGGGGAAAAAAUUCUCUCUCUCUCUCUCUCUCUCUCUCUCUCUUACUUCUUAAUCCAGAACUUUAAUCCUAA